AUGGCCGGAGGUUCUUAUCCCAAGGGCCCACCCCACAGGCCAUCUUCUUCCUCCUCCGCCUCUAACCGCAAAUCUCGCUGGGAAUCUUCCCCCAACGCCGCUGCCGCCGCCACCGCCAUCACCACCAAAAACAAUCCACCCGACCCCAAACCCGUGAAGCCCAACUCCGGCCCAUCCCCGAAACCAGGCGCAACCUCAACGCCGUCCCAUCCCAAGCACCCGCCAUCAGCCCCCUCUCCCGGACCCGCUCCGUUUCCCUUCCCCGACCCGGCCGCUUUCGGCCCACCCCCUCCCCCAGUCUACGGCUUCCACAUGCUCGAGCGCCGAACUUUCGUUCUCGCCGACGGCAGCGUUCGGUCCUACUUCGCUCUCCCGCCCGAUUAUCAAGAAUUCCCUCCGCCUAUGGACCCGUCCGGCCGGUUCUUGCCGUUUGGGCCGGGUGGACCGCCGGGGCCUGGUCCGGAUUACUGGAACUCGCUCGGGCUCGAUGGGCGUGGCCCCGCAGAGGGGCCCGUAAAGAGAAAGUACGCCGAAGAAGAGGACCAGAGGGAUAAAGCAGGGGAAUUUGGGAUGCGCCGGCCGCAGUUUAUGCAGCAUGCCAAUCCAAAUGGGUUUCCGGUGGGUCCUGGUACCCGGGGAGAGUUUUUGGCGGGAACGAGUAGCCCGUUUCGGCGGGAGGCGGCGGACCAAGGCCGUGGUGGCGAGGAGGCGAGAGCUAACAAGUACAUGAGGAUUGGUGGUGGGGGUUAUGAGAGUGCGGCAUUUAGGCAAGGUGGUGGUGGUGAGAAUGUGGUUCAUAAGCAUGUUCAAGUUGAUCAGAGUGCGUUGAAGAAGGCGUUUCUUAAUUACGUGAAGCUGAUUCAUGAGAAUACGCAACAGAGGAAGAUUUACUUGGAGGAUGGGAAGAAUGGGCGUCUGCAUUGUCUUGCUUGUGCCAGGUCUUCUAAAGAUUUUCCGGAUAUGCAUAGUCUCAUCAUGCACAGUUACAACUCUGAUAGUGCUGACUUGCGUGUGGAUCACUUGGGCUUACACAAGGCUUUGUGUGUUCUGAUGGGGUGGGACUACUUGAAGCCUCCUGAUAACUCAAAGGCAUAUCAAUUUCUUUCUGCUGAAGAAGCAGCAGCAAAUGUGGAUGAUCUGAUUAUGUGGCCACCUGUGGUGAUAAUUCAUAAUACAGUUACGGGAAAGAGUAAAGAUGGCCGCAUGGAGGGUUUGGGCAAUAAAGCAAUGGAUAGUAUUAUUAGAGAUCUUGGAUUUGGGAGUGGCAAGUCAAAAUCCUUGUAUGGUAGAGAUGGUCAUUUGGGUAUGACUCUGGUUAAGUUUUCGGGUGACGAAGCAGGCCUUAAGGAGGCCAUGCGCAUGGCAGAAUUCUUUGUUAAGGACAAUCAUGGACGUAGGGCUUGGGCUCGUUUACAGCCCCCAACACUGGGCAGUAAGGAUGACGAGAACAAUCCAUACCUUGUGAAGUUGGACGAAAAGACGCGGGAGAAAAAGAGGAUCCUGUAUGGCUAUCUCGGAACUGCUUAUGACCUUGACAAGGUUGAUUUUGACACAAGAAAGAAAGUAGCGAUUGAAAGCCUAAGGGAAUACAAAUCAACCAAGUAG